AUGACAAUUGAAAUGUCACCAUGCUGCGUGUGUCAUGUGGCAAUUGGGCAAUGAGAGUUGCCACAGUUCGGACAGACUGAGAGCAGAUAGGCCCGAAGAUGAGCUCUGAGCCUUUGACUCGCUCUGAGCCUUUGACUCGCUCCGAGGUGUUUGGACAGCUCCGGAGGGAGCUCUAUGGAGAGGAGCGGUCCAGUCAUUCCAACACGCACAUAUUCAUCGUCCUUGGAGCCUCUGGGGAUCUUGCAAAAAAAAAGAUCUAUCCAACUUUAUGGUGGUUAUUCAGAGAUGGCCUGCUCCCAGAUGACACCUACUUUGUUGGUUUUGCCCGGUCUAAGCUGACCGUGGAGGACAUCAAGACAGCAUGUCUGCCUCAUAUGAAGGUCACUGAUGAAGACAUUGAGUGUCUCUCAGCCUUCUUCAGUAAGAACUCCUACCUGAGCGGCAGGUAUGACGACGACGGCUCUUUUACUCAACUUGACUCUCAUCUGUCGUCUCUGCCCGGGGGAGCUGAUGCCAACAGACUCUUCUACCUGGCCCUGCCGCCCACCGUCUACCAGCAUGUCAGCACAAACAUCAGAACCCACUGCAUGAGCCGCAAAGCCUGGAGCAGGGUAAUUGUUGAGAAGCCCUUCGGCCGUGACCUCCAGAGCUCAGAGGAGCUGUCAGCCCACCUGUCUGCCCUGUUCACAGAGGACCAGAUCUACCGCAUAGACCACUACCUGGGCAAAGAAAUGGUGCAGAACCUCAUGGUGCUCAGGUUUGGAAAUCGCAUCUUUGGACCCAUAUGGAACAGGAACAGUGUGGCCUGUGUGGUCCUCACCUUCAAAGAGCCUUUUGGCACUCAGGGCCGCGGAGGAUACUUUGAUGCCUUUGGUAUCAUUCGAGAUGUCAUGCAGAACCAUCUCCUUCAGAUGCUCUGUCUGAUCGCCAUGGAGAAACCUGCUUCCACCAGCCCAGAUGACGUGAGGGAUGAGAAGGUGAAGGUGUUGAAGUGUAUAGCUCCUGUUGCUGGGUCAGAUGUGGUGCUCGGCCAGUAUGUGGGGGACCCUAAGGGGGAGGGCCACGCCAAGCUGGGUUACCUUGAUGACCCGACCGUACCAGAAGGCUCCUGCACGCCGACUUUUGCCACGGCUGUGCUUUAUGUCCGGAAUGAAAGAUGGGAUGGCGUACCUUUCAUUCUCCGCUGCGGUAAAGCUUUGAAUGAACAGAAGGCAGAAGUGCGCCUGCAGUUCACUGAUGUACCAGGAGACAUUUUUGGCGAACGCAGUCAGAGGAACGAGCUGGUGGUGCGGGUGCAGCCGGAUGAAGCAAUUUACCUGAAGAUGAUGACCAAGAGGCCUGGAGUUUACUUCAGCCCAGAGGAGACUGAGCUGGACCUCACCUACAGGAGCAGAUACAAGAACGUGAAGCUCCCAGAUGCUUACGAGAGGCUGAUACUGGAUGUCUUCUGUGGAAAUCAGAUGCACUUUGUUCGCAGUGAUGAGUUGCGGGAGGCCUGGAGGAUUUUCACCCCCCUCCUCCACCAAAUAGAGGGAGAGAAGACACACCCAAUUCCUUACACAUAUGGAAGUCGUGGUCCAAACGAAGCGGAUGACCUGGUGAAGAGGGUGGGAUUCCGCUAUGGGGGAACAUACAAGUGGGUGAAGCCCCACACGGCAUGAUUCAGACACACAUUCAUGCACACACACAAUCGACAAGUUUACAAACAAUAACGUUUACUGCAAUCUUUCACUGCUGUAAGUUGUUUUAUAUUGUCUGCAUGUUGAAAAGAUACCACUGCAUUUUAUCCCUGAUCACACAAUGUGGAAAUCAGUAGUCUGAUUUAAGUGUUCAACUGUAAAUUUCUAAACUUCUAGUAAAUCUAACAUCAUCUUCUGCUUGCACUUCUUCCCUUUUUAACAUAAUUGGCCAUAUGAGACUUAUUUACACUUAGGGUCAUUUCAAUGUUAAGAGUAUAAACCUGUUCUCUAUCAGCAGGCCCGUGUUUACAGUCAUCACCACACCAUGAUGACACUGAAUGCCACAUGCAAUUUACACUAGGAGGGUUUGUUGGUCUGUAAGAACAGGUGACUCUGAAUACAUGUUUACUGUAAAUGUCCUGCUUCAGGUGACAAUGACAGGUGCUUUAAGCUAAAUUCAAAUCAAAUUUGUAAAUGCUUGUCAAUUCCAUUUGUAUGUUGAAUCUGUCACAAUGCAUGAAUGCAUUUUAACAUUACAACUUAGAUUUACUGUUAAAUUUGAUUUCUUUCAACUGCCUGCAGCAGAGUGAUGCUAUUUGUUGUCACCUAUGUCUGCCUUUGUCAGGUACAUGGCCUAGCUGGCGGCCUUCCAACUACAAACACAAAUACAUACACACUCUGACCAAUAACACAGUAUUUGGUCAUCCUGCCAGUACUCAGAGGGCCGUGGGAAGUGCAGCAAAGACAGACAUGUAUUUAAGAGACUUCUCUUCUGUAUCCCAUAAUAAUAUCAUGAUCUUACAGGUAUGGUAAGUUAUGUUUGGAUCACACUAGAAAAACAUAGGUCCUACUGCACAAUUAUUUAUGUACAAGUUGUUGUUGCUCUUACUAUGUUUCGAAUGUACACUAAUGUUGACAACAAUAAAGCACAAAAUGAGUCAGGUCAGUCUUUUUUAUUGACUUCAGGUGUUUUUUUAUCUUUUAACUUCUGUUGACAUUCCCAGUGAUUAUAUUCUGUGGAAGCUCAAGUGAAAAUAAAUAAAAUUCCCAAACCAAAAAUUGCAUACAAACACUAAAUACCCCCAAAAAAAAUCUGCACUACAGAUAAGUCAUCAUUUAACAAGUCUCUUAAUAGUGUUUUAAGUAGAAGAGUUCAACAAGCACACACUCAUUUAAGAACAAAUACUUUUUUUUUCAUUAUUGCAAUGAGAAAAUAUGUAAAAGUACCUGAAAUAUUAAGAACUCUUUGGCCAUGACAGACUGCAAGGCUGUCUCAGUAAAUUCACAAACUUGCCUAACAUGUCCAUUGUCACCUUUCCCUCACCAUUCAAAAUUUAGGUAAGACUUUGUGUAGGGUGUAUCCGCUGUCACACUUGUCAUUUUCUUCACCGCAGUUGUGCACGGCUGCUCCGUCCUCGAUACCCCUGGCAUACAGACGCACCAGCUGGCCGUGUAUCCUGAGAGAAGUGAACGUGGUUAAAAACGUUGCUGCUGAGAAACAAUCAUCUUUGCCACCUGGCCACCAUUUUGCUUUAUUUUCUUUUGGUAAAUGACUGGGAUAAUACAGUACCGUGUGAGAAUACACUAAACAACACAUGGAUGCUUGAACUCUCUUACCUGCAGAGCAUCUCUGUGGUGGGCAGAAUCUCUCCGUCACAGUUCCACACUGACACAGCAGGAUCUUUGCUGCAGCACAGACCACACAAGAAGGGGGUCGUUGUUUUCUGCUCAUUUGUCAUUUCUCGUCCUGUGCCUGUCUCUGCCAGGUUCACCUGAGAUCCAUUCCUGCUUACUGUCUCAAUGUAGCCCGUCUCUUCAUCUAUCCCACCACUCGACCCUCCGAUCUCUUCAUAUGCUUCUUUUUCGGGGGGGAGAGAGAAACGGACGGCCUUCACGCGAUGCACCUCCACAAACGGCAUGUCGAACUAAGAGAAGUGGCAGAGAACGGGUCAAGCCAUGUUCAAGCUUGCUAGCCCAGCUUCGGUGUAAUGUGAAAGUGCUCAUACCUGGUCCUGUGUGCUGGUGUGUCUGUAGAGGAACUUGAGGAAUCCCAGCGGGUGAGUGUCCCAUACCAGGAUGAGGUCCCCUGUUCCGUCUGCGAGGUGAGCAGAGGGGGAGAGGCCCAGAGGACUCUUGGGGCACGAGCUGGACAUACAAGUGAGAGACACACACCUGAACCUGCCCUCCACACUCACCCACUCGCCUGGACAAACAGAAAGAGAGGCAUGAUGCUACAUUUAAAAACAAAUCCCUACUGUACAUCACUGCUGAUUCUUAAAGGACCUUACUGCUGUUUUCGCAUGUUUUCGCCCAUCAUGCACACUUUACUAGAUUUACUUUUCAGGCGAGCGCUGGUUUGAGUUGGCGUUGCUUUGAUUGUUUGGUCAUUGAACAUAUUUCUGUUCUUAAUGGAUACUGGAUAAUGUCACCUCUCCAGCCCUCUAUAACUGUUUCAAAUAAAACAAUCUUGCAAUUAGCUUCAUUUGAAGAGUUAACGAGCCAAAAACGCUACUUUAAAGUGUACAUGAUUUCUGCUAAAUGGGCUUAAAUAUACAAAUGCAGGACUUUUAUGUGUGUUUGUGUUAUUACCUUCUGCGUCACUACUGAACUGGUUGAAGUGGGAGCUGUACAAGGAGCCUGGAUCUGAAGAGUGGGAGAAAAGUCUUUCUGUGCUUCGGGAACACACACUGCACCUAAACAUACACACACGCAACACAAAUUAUUACUCUGAAACAACAAGCUCCUUAACCUUGACACCCAUUCAUAAGAGCAUUAUAAACCUGGUGGAUGCCUCAGACAAAUACUGAGACAAUGUAGACUCUAACAAG